AAGAGGCGCGGAGCAGUGCACGUGGAUGGUGUAACUGAGGGAGGGUUCAUGGCUAGUUCCGUGGGUCUGGCGUUGUGCGGGCAGGCGCUGGUUGUGCGGGGCGGCAGCCGAUUCCUGGCCACGUCCACUGCGAGCAGUGAUGAUGGCAGCCUCUUCACAUAUGAUUGCAGUGCUGCAGAAAAGAAGGUGCAAGAGAAUAAAGGGGAGGACGGACAGCCCAUUGACCAGGGGAGUGACACGAUUCUGGCGUCCACCUUCUCCAAGUCUGGCAGCUAUUUUGCUUUAACUGAUGACAGUAAGCGUCUGAUUCUUUUCAGUACAAAACCAUGGCAAUGUCUGAGUGUCAGGUCCGUGGUAAGGCGGUGCACAGCCCUGACCUUCACAGCAUCUGAGCAGAGGGUCUUGGUGGCUGACAAGUCUGGUGAUGUCUACUCCUUCUCGGUGCUGGAGCCACAUGAGUGUGGCAGGCUUGAGCUCGGUCACCUGUCCAUGCUCCUGGACGUGGCCCUGAGUCCUGAUGACCGCUUCGUGCUCACUGCCGACCGGGAUGAGAAGAUCCGCGUCAGCUGGGCCGAGGCACCACACUGCAUCGAGUCCUUUUGCCUGGGGCACACAGAGUUUGUGAGCCGCAUCUUGGUGGUGCCUGGCCAUCCGGAGCUGCUGCUGUCCUCUUCUGGGGACUGCACCCUGAGGCUCUGGGAGUACAAGAACGGCCGCCAGCUGUAUUGCUGUGACCUAGCCAGUCUACAGGAGCCAGCCGAGCCCCAGGGCCACAAGAGGUUUGCCGUGUCCAGGAUUGUGUUCUGGAGCCAGGAGAGCUGUGUGGCGCUUCUGUGUGACUGCCUUCCGGUGGUCUUCGUGUUCCACCUCAGUGCCUGCAGACAGCAGCUGGUGUUCAAACAGCAGCUGAAGUUCCCGCAUCAUGUGUGGGACAUUGCGUUUGAGGAGGCACAGGGGCUGUGGGUCCUUCAGGACUGUCGUGAGGCGCCCCUGGCACUCUGGAGGCCUGCAGGUGGCCAGUGGCAGCCUGUUCCUGACAGUGCCGUGUCCCAGAGACUCUGCGGUUAUCUCCAAGGCAGCUGGGCAGUGUUGGAAGGCUCUGCCACUGUGGAUGAUGGCUUUUGUGGUCUCUACAAGGCGACCUUCGACAACAUGAGCUCCUACCUGAAGAAGAAGGAGGAACGACUACAUCAGCAGCAAGAAAAGAAGCGGCAGCGGAGCCCUCCACUGGCCGCCCCAGGACGAACCAAGAAGACACGGCCUGGGCGGGCAGCCUUGGGGUGCUGACCUUCAACCUGGGGACAGCUCUUGGCUUUCUGUGCUCCUGAGGGCAGCCGGUGGCCCCUGCUGGCUCAGCUGUGCUGUUUGGACUCUGGGUUCUGCACAGGCCCUUGCCUCUGCCAGCCUUUCUGGUGGGCUGACAUUGUGAGCACUUCUCUUCAUGUUGGUGUGCUCACACUUGCACUGGCUCAGGUUCCCUCCAUGCCCAGCUGCUGUCCAUGCUGGCCAUCCUCGUCAGAUGCAGCUUCCUGUGUGGAAAUCUGCGGGUGCCACUGAGUUGUUAGGCCGUUGCUGCCGCCACCUCCAGGCAGUGUUCCACAUAGCAGCCCCUGAAUCUUGAGUAUAGGUGAACGUCAGUGGCUCUAUGACUCUGCAUGGUUCCUAUGCUUAGUAGCUGCCUGUGAUGCCUGGCUCCAUGGUGACCACUGUCUGGGCUGUGCAGGAAGGUCUUGUCUGUUCUUGAGCUGGGAAGGGACCCUGCUGUCGGCCUGGAUCUUGCACCUUGGUGGGGACAGUUGUUGAUGCUGCCCUCAGCUUUCUGGGUCUGUGACUUUGUUCUGUGCACACUGCAGGGUUCCAACCAUCCAGCAGUAAAGAGGUGCUUUCUCUGUCCUGGGGUUCAGAUGCAGCUGGUAUCUGGUCUUAAGCUUCUUGGUGCAUGCACAGCUGCAGCUGGUGGCUAGAUGUGUGAUUCCCGGAGCCAGGCUUUGCCCGCUGUCCCUGUCUUGGUACUGCACAAUACUGUGUCAGUGACAACAUGGCUGCCCAGAAAUGGUCCUGAUUCGAGGCCGCCACACCUCCAUUUCUUAAGUGCCUUGUGUCCCAAUUCCAUCUGGGGGCAGUGCUGUUGGUGACUGGUAGGCCACUCCCUUCCCGGCUCAGGGUGGAGGGGUCCACACCCCGCAGACCGUGGCAUAUGCAUAGCACCUGUUCUUAGUAAUCGGUUCUUGGCUUUCGAAAAAAUCUAGGCCUGGUCUGAUGGUGCCCUGAUUUGACAUAGGGCUCCUCAGGGAUAAGGAAGAGGCUCAGGGGUGGCCUGCUUGAUGCCUGGCUCUACACACAAGCAUGCAUAGAUCUGCAACCAAGCCCUGUGGGCUGGAUUUUGCCCAUUGCCUGAUAUGAGCAGGUGCUGCUUGUUUUAUGAUGUGAAAAUCAUGUUCAAAGCUCAGAGUCUGGGAGUACUGUACGCUUCUGACAUAACUGCUGUGCUCUGUGCUAUGACUACAGGAAUGAGAUCGGAAGCCCCAGAGGCUGCCAGGCCUGCAGUAUUUAGUGUGUGCCCCUCACAGAGAAGUUUCCUGGUCCAUCUUGAGUUCUUUUUAGAAUUGUGGAUUUUCGGUCGAGCCUGAAAUAGGAGGAUCACUGCAAGUUUGAGACCAGCCUAAAGCAUGUAGUGAGACCUUGCGCCCCCCAAAAUGGUGUACUGGUUACUUCUUUAGAAAAGGCUGUUCUGUUUGUUGGUCCCUAGUUCUCCAUCUUGGUCCUUUGUCAUAUGUUUUCUUGGGCCAGGCCAAGUGCACACCUGUGGCGCCCAGCCCUCACCCUGGACCACCUCUGUGAUCCCUUGGGUAGGAUGAGGAUCUGGCUCCAGGGCCCAGCCCAGGGCAUUGCUGAGCUAGCCAGUGGGGAGGCUCCUAGCUAUGCAGCAGUGCAGGGGAGCCUCAAAGGGGAGACUGGAGCCAGGGGACAUAGUGGCACCAGCAGCCAGUGUGAGUGGAGAAGGGGUCUAAGGACCUUGUACCUUCUUGGCUGCCCUCCCUUCGGUGUUCCUGUGGCCAUGUCUGGCUCACUGGCUCCAGGGUUAGGUGUGGCUUCCUGCUUGGCUCUCAGCUCUUUGGGGUCCUUAGGCAUAGAGCUGACUAGGCUUGGUUCCUGCCUGUGGCCUAUAUGCCCAUGUCCUUGUGAUCCAGGAAUUUCUUUUUUCUGUAUUCAAGAUAGGGUUUACAGGGUCUCACUAUGUAGAUGGGACUUGUAGUA